GGCUCUCCGACGAGCCGCCACCUUCCGGGCCGCCGCCGCCGCCUCCGCCGCCGCCGCGAUGGCGCCGCUCCUGGGCCGCAAGCCCUUCCCGCUGGUGAAGCCGCUGCCGGGCGAGGAGCCGCUCUUCACGAUCGCGCACACUCAGGAGGCUUUCCGCACCCGAGAAGAGUAUGAGGCCCGCCUGGAAAGGUACAGUGAGCGCAUUUGGACAUGUAAGAGUACUGGAAGCAGUCAACUAACACACAAGGAGGCCUGGGAGGAGGAACAGGAAGUUGCUGAACUUUUAAAGGAGGAGUUCCCUGCCUGGUACGAGAAACUUGUUCUGGAAAUGGUUCACCAUAAUACAGCCUCUUUAGAGAAAUUAGUAGAUACUGCUUGGUUAGAGAUCAUGACCAAAUAUGCUGUGGGAGAAGAAUGUGAUUUUGAGGUUGGGAAGGAAAAAAUGCUCAAGGUGAGGAUUGUCAAAAUCCAUCCUUUGGAGAAAGUAGAUGAAGAGGCCACUGAGAAGAAAUCAGAUGGUGCCUGUGAUUCUCCCUCAAGUGACAAAGAGAAUUCUAGCCAAAUUGCUCAGGAUCAUCAGAAGAAGGAGGCAAUUGUAAAAGAGGAUGAAGGAAGGAGAGAGAGUAUUAAUGACAGAGCACGUAGAUCUCCACGAAAACUCCCUACUUCAUUAAAAAAAGGAGAAAGGAAAUGGGCUCCACCAAAAUUUCUGCCUCACAAAUAUGAUGUGAAAUUACAAAAUGAAGAUAAGAUCAUCAGUAAUGUGCCAGCAGACAGCUUGAUUCGUACAGAACGCCCACCAAAUAAAGAGAUACUUCGAUACUUUAUACGGCAUAACGCAUUACGGGCUGGUACUGGUGAAAAUGCACCAUGGGUGGUAGAAGAUGAAUUGGUGAAGAAAUAUUCCCUGCCUAGCAAGUUCAGUGACUUUUUGCUUGAUCCAUACAAGUACAUGACUCUUAACCCUUCUACUAAGAGGAAGAAUACUGGAUCCCCAGAUAGGAAGCCCUCAAAAAAAUCUAAGACAGACAACUCUUCUCUGAAUUCACCACUAAAUCCCAAGUUAUGGUGUCAUGUACACUUGAAGAAAUCGUUGAAUGGCUCGCCACUCAAAGUGAAGAACUCCAAGAAUUCCAGAUCUCCAGAAGAACAUUUAGAAGAAGUGAUGAAGAUGAUGUCACCCAAUAAGCUGCAUGCUAACUUUCACAUUCCUAAGAAGGGCCCACCUGCCAAGAAAUCGGGAAAGCACAGUGAUAAACCUUUGAAAGCAAAGGGCAGAAGUAAAGGCAUCCUUAAUGGACAGAAAUCUACAGGUAAUUCCAAAUCUCCCAAAAAGGGUUUGAAGACUCCUAAAACCAAAAUGAAGCAGAUGACUUUGUUGGAUAUGGCCAAAGGCACUCAGAAGAUGACACGAGCCCCACGGAACUCUGGGGGUACAGCCAGGUCCUCUAGUAAACCACAUAAACAUUUGCCUCCUGCUGCCCUACACCUUAUUGCCUACUACAAAGAAAACAAAGACAGGGAGGAUAAGAAGAGUGCCCUGUCCUGUGUUAUCUCCAAAACGGCUCGUCUUCUCUCUAGUGAAGAUAGAGCUCGCCUCCCAGAAGAGCUGCGAAGUAUUGUUCAAAAACGCUUUGAGCUUCUAGAGCACAAAAAACGGUGGGCCUCUAUGUCUGAAGAGCAACGCAAAGAAUAUUUGAAAAAGAAACGAGAGGAGCUGAAAGAAAAGUUGAAGGAGAAAGCCAAGGAGCGGAGAGAGAAAGAAAUGCUUGAGAAACUAGAAAAACAGAAGAGGUACGAGGACCAAGAAUUAACUGGCAAAAGCCUUCCAGCAUUUAGAUUGGUGGAUACCCCUGAGGGGCUGCCCAACACGCUCUUUGGGGAUGUGGCCAUGGUGGUGGAGUUCUUGAGCUGUUACUCGGGGCUACUCUUACCAGAUGCUCAGUAUCCCAUUACUGCUGUGUCCCUCAUGGAAGCCUUGAGUGCAGAAAAAGGCGGCUUUUUAUACCUGAAUAGAGUGUUGGUCAUCCUCUUACAGACCUUAUUACAGGACGAAAUAGCAGAAGACUAUGGUGAAUUGGGAAUGAAGCUGUCAGAAAUCCCGCUGACUCUCCAUUCUGUUUCAGAGCUGGUGCGGCUCUGCUUGCGCAGAUCUGAUGUUCAGGAAGAAAGUGAGGGCUCUGACACAGAUGACAAUAAAGAUUCAGCACCAUUUGAGGACAAUGAAGUACAAGAUGAGUUCCUAGAGAAGCUAGAGACUUCGGAGUUUUUUGAACUAACAUCAGAAGAGAAGCUCCAGAUCUUGACAGCACUUUGCCACCGCAUCCUCAUGACGUACUCCGUGCAGGACCACAUGGAAACCAGACAGCAGAUGUCUGCAGAGCUAUGGAAAGAACGGCUUGCUGUACUGAAGGAAGAGAAUGAUAAGAAGAGAGCAGAGAAACAGAAAAGGAAAGAAAUGGAAGCCAGAAACAAGGAAAAUGGAAAAGAGGAGAAUGGGCUAGGCAAACCUGAUAGGAAAAAAGAGGUGGUGAAGUUUGAGCCCCAGGUAGACCUGGGAGCCGAAGAUAUGAUCAGUGCCGUGAAGAGCAGGCGGCUGCUUGCCAUCCAGGCCAAGAAGGAACGUGAAAUCCAGGAGAGAGAGAUGAAAGUGAAACUAGAACGCGAAGCUGAAGAAGAACGAAUACGAAAGCAUAAAGCAGCUGCUGAGAAGGCUUUCCAGGAAGGAAUUGCCAAGGCAAAGCUAGUCAUGCGUAGGACUCCUAUUGGUACAGAUAGAAACCAUAACAGAUACUGGCUCUUCUCAGAUGAAGUUCCAGGAUUAUUCAUUGAAAAAGGCUGGGUUCAUGAUAGCAUCGACUACCGAUUCAAUCACCGCAAAGACCGUGCAGACUCUCCUGAUGAAGAUUACUGUCCCCGUAGUAAGAAAGCAAACCUAGGCAAAAACACAAGCAUGAGCACACAACCUGGACCAGCAACAGAAGUAGCUGUAGAGACCACCAUACCCAAACAAGGCCAGAAUCUAUGGUUUUUAUGUGAUAGUCAGAAGGAAUUGGAUGAGUUACUAAACUGCCUUCACCCUCAGGGAAUAAGAGAAAGUCAACUUAAAGAGAGGCUUGAGAAAAGGUACCAGGACAUCAUCCAUUCUAUUCAUCUGGCCCGGAAGCCAAAUUUGGGUCUAAAAUCUUGUGAUGGCAACCAGGAGCUUUUGAACUUCCUUCGUAGUGAUCUCAUUGAAGUUGCAACAAGGUUACAAAAGGGGGGACUUGGUUAUGUAGAAGAAACAUCAGAAUUUGAAGCUCGGGUGAUCUCAUUAGAGAAACUGAAGGAUUUUGGUGAGUGUGUGAUUGCCCUACAAGCAAGUGUCAUAAAGAAAUUUCUCCAAGGCUUCAUGGCUCCCAAGCAAAAGAGAAGAAAACUCCAAAGUGAAGAUUCAGCAAAGACGGAAGAGGUGGAUGAAGAGAAGAAACUGGCAGAGGAAGCAAAGGUUGCAUCUGCUCUGGAAAAAUGGAAGACAGCAAUCCGUGAAGCUCAGACUUUUUCCAGAAUGCAUGUUCUACUUGGGAUGCUUGAUGCCUGUAUCAAGUGGGAUAUGUCAGCAGAAAAUGCUCGAUGCAAAGUCUGUCGAAAGAAAGGUGAAGAUGACAAACUGAUCUUGUGUGAUGAAUGUAAUAAAGCCUUCCACCUGUUUUGUCUGAGGCCAGCCCUCUACGAGGUACCAGAUGGUGAGUGGCAGUGCCCAGCUUGCCAGCCUGCUACUGCCAGGCGCAACUCCCGUGGCAGGAAUUACACUGAAGAGUCUGCCUCUGAGGACAGUGAAGAUGAUGAGAGUGAGGAAGAGGAGGAGGAAGAGGAGGAGGAAGUGGAGGAAGAGGAUUAUGAGGUGGCUGGUCUUCGAUUGAGACCUCGAAAGACUGUCCGGGGCAAGCAGGGUGUCAUCCCCCCUGCGGCGAGGCCGGGACGCCGGCCAGGUAAGAAGCCGCAUCCCGCCAGGAAGUCUCGGCCAAAGGCACCACCUGUGGAUGACAUGGAGGUUGAAGAGCUGGUACUUCAGACCAAGCGGAGCUCUCGGAGGCAAAGCCUAGAAUUGCAGAAGUGUGAAGAUAUCCUCCACAAGAUUGUGAAGUACCGCUUCAGCUGGCCCUUCAGGGAGCCCGUGACGAGAGAUGAGGCUGAGGAUUAUUAUGACAUCAUCACCCAGCCCAUGGACUUCCAGACAAUGCAGAACAAAUGUUCCUGUGGGAGCUACCGUUCUGUGCAGGAGUUUCUUACCGACAUGAAGCAAGUGUUUACCAAUGCUGAGCUUUACAACUGCCGCGGCAGCCAUGUGCUGAACUGCAUGGUGAAGACAGAACAGUGUCUGGUGGCUCUGUUGCAUAAACACCUUCCUAGCCACCCAUAUGUCCGCAGGAAACGCAAGAAGUUUCCCGAUCGGCUUGCUGAAGAUGAAGGGGACAGUGAGUCAGAGCCCGUUGGACAGUCCAGGGGACGAAGGCAAAAGAAAUAGAGAGAGGGCCCUGGUAAGGGAGCUUAGGUGGGGGGAAUGGAGAGAGCCGGGGAGGGUGGGAGGGAGCAGGAGCCAGCGGGAGAGGAAGAUGGAGAAGAAUGUGGAAGGGAGGAGAUCACAGGGAUCCCAGAAAUGCCCAUCAUCCCAAGCUUGUGCUGCCUUGCCCAACUCUCCAGAGGGCCCUAAGCAGGCAGAGCUCUUUGGAGAGCCUACUCUUGGGCUGGUCUCUGCCCAGAGGUACCAUGGGCGGUAGGCGGCCUUAGCCCUGCUGAGAGUUUCCAGGGAGAGGCCAAGGGUACGGCUUUCUCGAGGGCCCACGUCCCUUAAUUCUCUUCUUUCCUACGGUCCCUCCCACUUUGGCCACCAUGACAGUGCCAAGCCCCUGGUCUCCAGGGGAGGAAUUACUGUAUUACAUGGAAGGAUCAGGGGUAAUCAGGCCAACUGGGGAGGCGGGGUUAAUUUUUUAUAAUCUCUACUCACACAGUCUUGUUUCUUGAAGCCGUCCUCGGUCUCUCCCCUCCCCUCCCUCAGGUGACGGUAUCAGUGAGUGCCAUACCGCAUUCUGUAUUCACCAGCAUCAUUGCUCUUUUGAGUUGCUCUUUGCGGAGUAAAGGGACAUGUCCUGGAGCCAUUCCUGAAUACCCUUCCCCUUCUUUGUGACAGCUCUCUCCCCUCUCCCACCCCACCUCACCCCUUCAAAAACAAAACAAAAAAAACUUAAAAAAACACCCCCCCCCACACACACACACACAAAGAACCUAAGGCACUUCACUUAGAGACUGGAGUCCUGCUUAUAAUCAUGCAUAUAACCUUUACUUGGAUGGAUCUGGCCAGAGGGGUGUUGGAGCCCAGCCCACCCACAUACCAGACACAAGCUCUUAGGGGAGCAGAAGAAAAGCAGGAAGAAUUUAAAUGUUUAAUUUUUUUUAAAUUGACUUUUCUAGUUAUUAAAAGUUGCUUGUUUCAGCAGUGAUAUUGUAUAAAGAACAUCUUGUAAAAUAUUUCUGUCAUCUUGCUUUGGCACAUGUACAGUACAGUUUAUAUGAUAAUGUGUUUGCUUUCUUUUGCCCCGUCUCCUCCCUCAGCCCAUUCUCUCUCUUCAGAGAAGCAGGGUUGGAGGGUCAGCAGGACAAGCAGUGGGACCUGGUGGGGAAGGGUAUGUCCCUUUGCCUGCCCUGGCAGCUUUCUGCCUCCUCCAUCUCCAACAGCCGCCUCCCUCCUCCUGAGCCUGUUCUGGCCUCAGAUGCAGAGCUCUGUGAGAUUGAUAAGCUGAUCAGUCUUGCGCAGGGGUCCUCUCACAGGGGUCCAUGUCAGUGCAAGGGGGCGGGCAGAGGGAGGAGGGGCUCGGCUGGCCCCUUCAACUAGGAGUCUGGCGCUAGUAGCUCUAGUUAGGCAGAACUUGGUAGUCGUCUUUCCCUUUUAUGGCAGAUUUUGAUAAAAAUGCAAAACAGGGUUUAAUUUUCUUUUCUAUCAGCUUUGAAUUUAGAAAAUGUGAGCAGCUCAGCUCUUCUGAACUUAAUUUAAGGGAAAACUUGUCCACCAAGGGGAUUGCAGCUCCUAGAACUUGAGAAUAAAGCCUCUUACUACAGAACUUGGAGGUGUGGUCCCGGUCUCGCCCCGCCUGCCCUUCCCGGAGACUGUGGGGAUUUGCUCCAGUGGUUGCUGGAUAGGUUUCCUGUCCCUUCUCCCACAGCUUCGGAGUUAGCACUGACGCUCCAGUUCCCUAGUCCAGCCACCAACACCUUGCCCUGCCUUUUUACCUGAGAGCCGGUCUAUUGUUCACAGUGAGAAUCCUGUGUUCCCACUUCAGUGACAACUGAAUUGUUUGUUGUUUGUUUUUUUUUUUAAUUGUCUUUAAAGGAGGAAGGGCCCCAUUAAAGGGUAAACUUGUAAUAAAUUGGAAUUUGAAAUAAACAUUAUGUACUUGUGUUUAUAAAGAAGAAA